AAGCCUAGGGAGAUUGGAAGGAGAAGGCAAGAAUGGAGCCAUUGACCACCGAUACACGAGACCUUUGAAAACUCCGAAACAGCCUACUAUUACUUCUCUACUUGCUUAUUAUUUCAUCUUCUUCAUCAUUAAAUUAAUUAAAACCCAAAUCGACUUCUUCUUCUUGUUAUUGGGUUUCUGAACCGUCUCCCCCAACUUUGAGCUGAGACCCAGAUCAGUUCUGCAGACAACAAGACCUCAAUAAAUUGAGGGGUUUUAUUCGUUUGAGCAAGUAGAAGAAGAAGAAGAGAAUCUUGAAACGUUUUUGGAGAUGGCUGGAGUGCAAGACCAAUUGGAGAUCAAGUUUCGGUUGAGUGAUGGAUCAGAUAUUGGCCCCAAAAGCUUUCCUGCUGCUACAAGUGUGUCAACCUUGAAAGAAAGUAUUCUUGCGCAGUGGCCUAAAGAGAAGGAAAAUGGUCCAAGGACUGUCAAAGAUGUCAAGCUGAUAAGUGCUGGAAAAAUAUUGGAGAACAACAAAACAGUUGGGGAAUGCCGAAGCCCAAUAUGCGAUGUUCCUACAACUAUGCAUGUCGUUGUUCAACCACCUUCUUUGGAGAAAGGUACGAGUAUAUUCUGCUGUGUACAUAAGACAAAUUCUCUCUUCUUUUUCUCCGGUCUCAAUGAAGACAUAGUCUCUUUCCAAGUGGUUUAUUUUGGCAGAGACAUCUCAUUUGUAUACUGGUUCUAUGUAUUUGAGAAAAAUGGUAAAAGUCAAGGCAAUAAUCGGUUUUUUGUAGGUUUGCAAAUUCUUGCAAAUCUCAAAACACCUUAUGUUAAGCUUGCUAUAUAUAGUUGUCUACCUCCUAAGUAGUAAAAGUGGCAAUUCCACACUGUGUGGUAUCAUGACUGUUAACUAGUAGAGAUUAUCGUUUUCUUUUAUUAUCUGUAAUUUAAUUUGUAUCCUUUGACUGUAGC